AUGGCAACAGAGUGUUUGUAUAUGCUAAAAAUCAUACGUAAAUUACAAGAUCCUGUGCCUCAAUAUGUAUUAGGAUGCUUACCAGCUAUAGCAACAAUUGGGGUCGCGCCAUGGGUUGAUUUCAUGGAAAAGUUAAUAUGGUUGAUUCGAUGUCUAGGUUGUCCAUUCACAGGAUUAUUUUACACCUGCUGCGUAAAGAGUGAUGAGACAUCAUUGUGCGUUUAUUGGCUCUCUUCUGAUCGUUUUAUUAGAAGUGAUAAUGAUAACUUGAUAACAGAAAUCCCAAACAGACCUUUCGGAGUACACGCCAUGAACAUUGAACAGUCAGUACUUAUGAAAGCAUGUGUCGCCAAGGCAUCCGUGCUAGAGAGGUUAUCGUCGUUGGCAUCGUUAUACUAUAUAUUAAUCGGUAUAGUUUCUGAAAUAUCCAGGGUGGUCAGACCGACAAUCUGUGAUGAGGAUUGGCCAAGUAUACCAUUAGCAUUGUCUUGGACAUUACCUGCAAUCUAUAGGAGAACAAUUCGAAAUAAUCUAGUUGCUUUCGAUCCUAAUAACAUAUUAGGAAACUAUCAAAUAACCGUAAACAAACUCGCCGAACAUAAUAAAAAUGACCAUUACGCCCGCGUCACUUUCGCUGCUUUAGUGUCAAUAGUAGUACCUUGGAUAACAGUGCUCUUAGCCUACUUCACACCUCCAAUCGGAUUUUAUUGUCGUAGUAAAUAUCUCUCAGUUUUGUGUUCAAUAUGGUCAUUCAACAGUAUCUUGGCACUUUUGAGCCACUUGAAAGGAGAAAAAAGCGUAAAUGGAAAUGGUUUAUUUCAUGCCAUUUUUUUCAUUUGUGGUGUUAAAAUAGCAUGUCUUUUGUUCGUUCUAGGCUUGCUAAGCAAUCAGAAUACAUGGUGGGUAGGCCUGUUCGGUAAUGCUUGUGAUAUUUCAAGCGCAUGCAAAGUUGCCUAUUGA